UCUACUGAGGAGCUGCAGCCCCCUACAGGUAUAUUCGAGGGGUACAUGAAGAAGAGGAAGAAUAUAGGAGCCCUUACGCUCAUUAGUGAUAGCAACAAACGUUAUUUCGUACUAGAUCUACCGACAUAUAACCUCUUGUACUAUAAGAACAGGAAGAAGGGUAAAAAGAAUAUUAUUCCUUUGCAAAGAAUUUUGGCAGUCAGUAAGCUUCAAGAUGGCACAAAUGAUGUUAUCUCAGGAAAAGAGUGGUCUUAUUCAUUUAUAGUCAUUACGUCUGAGCGCCAGUAUAACUUCAGAGCUUACUCAUUUAAGGAUAGAGAGGUCUGGGUCAGCGGCUUCCAGAAAAUCCUUGACUAUAAAUAAAGCAAUUCUUAGAAAAAGGGGGAUCUAUAUUGACGAUCUUAAGGUCGAUGAGCACACCCGACCUGACCAUGAGGUCUACCAUCUCCAUGAUGCAGAUUUUAAUCACGAAGGCAGGAUAAAGCCACUAUGAGAAAUUCCCUUCGAAAAGUUACAGGAUCCCAGGUAUAUCGAAGAAGCUGAAGGAGAAGAUGAAGAAGAAGGAGAAAAUUACGAAGAAAACAAAAAGCACUAUGAUCCUUACCAAGAAGAGAUUAAGCAUAAUUUUGAAGAUCGUGAUGACAGAUUUCAAAGGAAUUUGAGAAAUCCAGGGAGCCAAAGAGACUCAAGAGAGCUAAGAGAGCCAAGAAAUCGGGAAAGAGAUGAAGGAAAUAAAAGAGAAACGAAUGAUGAACCGAAAAGAAGGAAUAUUCAAGAAUUCCAACAAGACUGACGAAGCAGAGACAGCACAGGCGAACGAGAAGAUUCAUGUAAGAAGGACAGAGGUUUUAAAGAAAGAUAUCUUAAAGGACAGCUCGAUAAAAGAGAAGGAUAUAAUUCACCAGACGAACAAAGACCAAGGAACGAUCGCAGAUUAGGAUCUUCCCCUCGAGUUAGAAAACAAAUUGGCGAAGCGAAACCAAACAGGAAUUUGGCAUUCAUGAAGAAAAUUUCUAGGGUUUUAGGAUGCAAUAAGCAAAAUUCUGAAAAGUCACCAGGUUUCAUAGAAAAUAAGAGGAAAAGGAAUAUUAGACAUCAUAUGAGAGAUGAUUUAAGAGAGACAGCAAAUUUUGGAAUGGAUAGCGAGGAUGGAAAGUACCAGCAAAAGCGGGAGAAGAGCAAUACUCCUCCUGAAAAUCAAAAGCGGCCUAUUAAAAGAGUUUCUGAUGAUCGGAGAGCCGCUCAGAUUCAAAACUUAGCAUCGAUCAGCAACUACUACACUCAGAAUAACGAUAAAUUUGAUAUGGUAAUUGACCAUGAUGAUGAUGCCUUUAAUAAUAUCUCUGGAGAUGAAGGUCCGACAACUCAAAAAUAGAAAGCCUGAACCGAUACCAAAAGAAUUUCAGAAAUUGAACACUGAAGCAAAGGUGAAACCAGGGAAACGACUAAGCGGCAUUAAGGCUGCAGCAAAGGUUAUCAGAGAGAAGUCAGAGUCUCCGGUAAGAAAGUUGACUGUAAAUUCCAACAAACAAUUGCUCAGUGAGUGGGAAAAGAAAUAUGGGAGUAAGAAAGAUAGACAAUUCCAUAAAGAUAAGGAAAAGUCUCUAAACCAAUGGCAUGGUGAACCUCACCAAAAUGCCCAGGGAUAUCAAGAAACCGAACCUGAUAACUCACAGUCUCCUAUGAGAGGAGUGAAAGUUACAGGUGACGUCGCCGGAGAAUUUGAGUACAAUUGGGAUAAUGAAGGUACUUCUGAGAUGCCAAGGAAGAAGAAAUCAAGAGCUCAGAAAAAGUCCCAAAGAGCCUCUAGAGUUCCUUUGGGAGCAAUGCAAUAUGCAGACGAUCAUUAUAACAAUUAAGCUCUAAGGUUGCUGAAUAGCACUGGCGAGCAUGCAAUGAGUGGCUUAAUCGUAAAUUUAUCUAUAAUUCAUUAC